ACAGUUUGUUCUGAGUCAUGGCAUCAUACAAGUUGGUUUCGAUGUUGGUUGUACUGUUGGUCGUAUUGGCCAUAGGCGUGCAGUACUCUGAGGCAUUUGUUGAUGCUUGCAAUGAAGUUUGCAGCAGGACUAAACCUGAGUGGGACGAGUGUUGCCGGGCGCACGGGUACCCGAAAGGAGCCGUGGAUUGCCGCUACCACGGGCGGAUGAACUGCUGGACAUAAACUAAUUAUUUUAUAUUCAAGCAUGAUUGUAAACGCAGGUCAAAGGAUUUGAAAUAAACGUUUCAUUAUUUAUAGUA